UUGCUACUUAUCUUUUAAUAUUUUCAAUCUUUUUGAGGGGAAUUUCAUGUCAUUACUAGCAAAUAUACAUGGUGGGGAUCAUCCAGGCUGGACUUGGGCUAUGAUAUUUAUAUAUCAAAGAAUAAAUACUUUGUAGAUUGUAAGACAAAAGGAGUGCCAAAAACUAUAUGUUUAGUACAAUGUAGUAUGAUAGAGGCAAAGUAUAUACUGGUUAUGGAACUAAGCAAGGAAGUCUUUUAUGGAUUCUGCCAACCAGCCGUUCACUGCUUGUUGAUUCAUCAUCUCCCACACGUAUUCUCCCGUUUCAACCCAUCUUAUACUCCUUUAAAGCCAACCAACAUCACUCUUACAUGCCUCUCACCAAGUUCCUUCCCUGCGUUCGCUUAUUUGCUCUUCAAUGGCAUUGCCUCACAAUCCCAUUUUACUUUUCUGCAUUUUUAUUAUUUUUGCAUCAGGUGCAACAAAGCCUUCAAAUGCCAAAAAUUUCACCAUUGUGAAUCAGUGCAAAGAGACGAUAUGGCCGGCGAUCAUCACGGAUGGAAGCAACUUCCAUGGUGAAGGCUUUACGUUGGAACCAGGCAAAACUGCAUUUUACAAUGCCCCGGACGGUUGGAGUGGUCGAAUAUGGGGUAGAACAGGUUGCGAUUUCGAUAAAACCAGUAACGGAACGUGUCAAACAGGCAACUGUGGUACGUCCGUUAAUUGUACAAGCGCUGGUAGUCUCCCAGUUACCAUAGCCGAAUUCACGCUUGGUGAUAAUAUCGAUUACUACGAUGUUAGCCUUGUAGAUGGCUUUAAUUUGCCUAUUGUGAUCAAACCUGGUGGUGGUAAAGGAAACUGCAGCACUGCUGGUUGUGAUGGUGACUUGAGGCAAAAUUGUUCGUCCGAUCUUAGUUUUAAGAAAAAUGGUAAGGUUGUCGGCUGUAGAAGCGCUUGCGACGUGUUCAACACCGAUGAAUAUUGUUGUCGUGGGACAUAUGAAGAUCCGGUUGCUUGUUUGCCUACGAAUUAUUCAAAGAGUUUCAAACUAGUAUGCCCUGCAGCAUCUAGUUAUGCUUAUGAUGAUCGUGUUAGUAUCAUAACUUGUUCUGCAUCAGAUUAUAUGGUGGCAUUUUGUGCAACAAGGAACAAUACAAUAUGCACAUAUCAUGAUGAGAGACUUGUUUGCAGUGUUACAUCAAAGGGUUUCAAAGCAUUUUCUCAUAUAUGGAGGAGUUUGAUGGUGGCAUUACCAUUGGCUUCCAUUUUACAAAUUUUAUUUUAGUAAUUCAAUUUGUACCAUUUUGAAAUCUAAUUGGAUGCUAUGCUUUGUCCUUUUAUUUAUUUUA